AUGGAAAAUGAUUCACAAGUCCUUGUUCCUAUAAAGGCGAUUCCACUUCGCCAAAUACCACCUCAAAGAAACCUCUUGGACAUACAAGAGAUGUCAAGCCCUCAAGCACCACCACCUUCUUGGGAUAGUCCUCCAAAACUAUCCUCCUUGAAGACAAAGAAGAAACUUCUUCCCUACCUUGAAGCAGCCGACCUGGAGACAUCUAGCCAAGCCGCAUCUUACAGAGAAGAACACCUUCUAGCCACGCCAGAAGAGGAUAUUAACCCUGAGAUGAUUGAGUUCGUGAAGAGAGAUCAAUUCCAUCAUCUGUUUUCAGAGUAUGCGCUGGAGCAUUUGGAUCACUUUGAUAAUCUUUGUGAUUCCUAUGGAGUCUUUGACUUUGAGAAGAAGAUGAUGCUAUUCAGCACAUCACUAGCUGGACCAGCACUAGAUUGGGCGCAGCAUGAGCCACUCUCUACAAUCGAGUCAUGGAUCGAUUUUAGAGAAGCCUUCUUGAAGAGAUUUGCAAGGCUACCACCUUUCAAGUCCAAGUACAAUCACUACUCUCAUCAGCUGGAGAGAGAGCGUGAAGAAGAAGAAUGGGGAGGCAUACCACCCCAUCUUGAAGAGCUAAUCAAGCAUGUGGAGAAAACCCUUUCUACAAUUCUACUUCAGAGUGUGCAAAGGAGCAUCUAUGCAACUUUGAGCAGCUUUGCCACGACUAUGGAGUUGGAGAUAACCCCAAGAAGAUACAACUUUUCCAACUAUCUUUAG